GACUUGUAGUCUCCAGGCGGGAGAGCCGACCCUUCUAUUCAAGAUGGAAAGAGAGACAGAGAGCUGUUGCCAGGAUACUCUCUCAGUAAACAAAGUGUCGCCAUGUCUCAGCUACAGUUCCUGGAGCUGCCCAAGGGACAUAUAGUGCCUGUAAGUAAGUUUGCAUUCCUGGAUGUGUCUAGUUACUGUGGAACUUCUUGGGGGUGGGGUGGGGUUUGCAGAUAUUACUUUUUUCUUUUUUUAAAAAAAGCCCAAGGUAGGAUAUGACCAGGUUGGGUCUUGCACCCAGUGCCGGAUUUAUGUAUAAGCUAAACAAGCUAUAGCUUAGGGGGCCCCCAAAAAAAUUUAAAGGGAAAAAAACCUGGAUGUACAUUUCCAAAAUAUAAGAUAAAAAACAAAUACAAUAAAACUUACAUACAGCAACACUGUUUUUUGCAUUAUUAAGUUUGUUAUAAAUAAAAAAAAUCAUUUUAAGUUAGAGCUUAAUAAUUAUUUCACUAUUAAUAUACUUCUUCUUAAUUGUAUUUCACCAUUAAUAUACUUCUUCUUAAUUGUAUUUCAAUUCAACAAUUACUUUGAUAAAAUACAUAUUUUGUUAUGUGCAAAUGGCUUUAGAUACCUAUCAGGUCCAUAAAUUACCAUAUAGCAUAUAUUCAACACAAAAAACAGCGACAAUUUGUUGACAACGGACAGCUGGACAUAUAAUUGCCCCAUUACCUUCAGUUGCUGAGGGCCUCCCCAAACCUAAAUCCGGCCCUGAUUGCACCUUUCAUAGCUGGGUCGCCAUGCAACCUUCACCUGUCAAAAUCCCCUCUUCAAACCCAAAUGUUAGAGGCACCCACUCUUGCAUCCACAAUUCAGGAGCUUCGUUUAUUUACUUAUUACAUUUCUACCCCACCUUUCUUCCAAAAGCCCCCAAAAGGGCCUACAUUGGGGACCCCACCCUCAGCCCUGUGAGGUAGGUCAGGCUGAGAGACCAUGAUGAGCUCCAAGAUCACCCAGUGAACUUCAUGGCUGAGUGGGGAUUUGAACCCUGGUCUCCCAGGUCCCAGGCAGACACUUUAACCACCGCACUAUGUUGGCCGUCUAACCUUUUAUGAAUUAAAUCUUACUUGAGGAAUACAACUGGCUUGCAUUAUUAUUAUUAUUAUUAUUAUUAUUAUUAUUAUUUGUGUAUCCCACCCAACUGACUGGGUUGUCCCAACCACUCUAGGCAGCUUCCAACAUAAUAAAACCUCAAACAUUAAAAACUUCCCGAAGGGCUGCCUUCAGAUGUCUCCUAAAAGCUGUAUAAUUAUUUAUCUCAUUGACAUCUGAUGAGAGGGCACCUCACAGGUCGAACAACACUAUAUGUGCUCAUAUAUAUUUAUUCCGCCUUCCAUCCCUAUCCAUAGUGUUUCUGAUGGUCACAAACUUGAAACGACCAGUCAACAUCGGUUGUUGCUGUUUUUAAAUAGGCAGUUGGAAAUAUUCAGUCAAUGUCUUGAUUAUUAUGAUUAGGAUUAUUAGAUGGACCACUGGCCUUUAUAUACACCGGUGGCCAAUAUUGUGGAAGCCUUUAGGAAAAGUUGUCUUUCUAAGGCUUGGUGGCUCACGACAUCAGUCUUUUUUUUAGAAUAAUGCUAUGAAAUAAUAUCCCUGGAGGUUGCUUGAUAAUGUCCCAGUGGUUGUUCCAGCCCUGGUUUUGGGUGUACAUUGAAUCACCAUUCUUCAGAAGCACAUGGCAUUGGGCUUAUCGGUCAGGCUUAUGAACUCGCUGGAGUUUUUGGAGCUGAAAAUCGAACAUGAAAAUGAUGAAAUGGUUUAAAUUAACGCCUCGAAACUUUUGUAUUCCAAAACGCUUGCAGUUCACGAAAGUUAACCCUGGCUUGUGGUACUGGAAAGAUGACAGCCGAAGUCUUGAAUUUGCAUGGUAAGGAUUCAGUGUCCCUUUCUGUCUGUCUUUGUUGCGUUUCUGUUUGUGGUUAUCGUGAUUUCGUAUCACUUGCCAGUGAGCUAGUUUAUGGAGCGCCUGGCCUUGCAGCAUGAUUUCCCCCCCUCCAUGCACAGUCCAUUAAAAUCAAUAAAACCAAUGGAAUCUACAACAUUUCCAACAACAGCAGAUCAUAAUCAGCAGGAUGAAACCAAUACAUUUUAGUAAAUAGAAUCCUUCUUUUCCAAAAGCAUGGAGGAACUGAAAUGUUUUUUCUUUGCCUCUGAAAGGAGGCAAAUGUCAGGCCUGAUAGAACCCUUGGCAAGGAUGGGAGGUAAGAAGAGGUAUUCCACAGUAAACAAAGUGACAAUUGAAAAGAGCCUGAGUUUGCAGGAUGCCGCUCUUUCCAACUGUGAAAGCAUCUAGUAGUAUGCCUCAUCUCUCCCUAAGUGCAGUUGGUCCAAACAUACCCAUUCCUUCAAUCUCUGCAAGAAUAAAAAAUGAAAACAUCUCUGUAAUUUUGAAGCAGAAGGUACCCCACGCUGAUUGGUUGAGCAUGCUGUGAUGUCAUAAAGAACCACCUGUCCAAUCCCUGAAGCUGUUUCCCCCUCACCUUCGGUAUUCAUUUUUUUGGGGGGGGGGGAUUAUUAAGGAUGGAGGAGGAACAGAUCAACUCAGAAAUGUUGUGGAUGCUGGGGCUUUGGAAAAUUAAAAAAACCAAGUAUCCCAGCUGAAUUAUAGCGGGCAGGGGCAAGAUUGCAUCCUAAACUGGCACUGGACUUGCUGCCAUUCCUCUCUGCUGGGCUCACUCUGUGGUUGAGAGAUGCAGGGUGAGCUCUCUUUCCUGUGUAGUUGUAUGAAUUGCCACUGCCAUUACCGAAAACUCCCCUCUGUUUGGUAUUGCAGUGCUCAGCCUAAGGAGGAAGAUAAGGAAGUGGAGAAGAAGUCAAAGAAAGGGAAAACCAUCCACUUCCAAGAGACGGCCACAAAAACGCCGGACAGGUGACCCAGUUUAAAAAUCAGCAGCGCUUGAAAUGCCCUGACUAUAGUCUGUGGUCUUGGCAAGGGUGUAAGAAGUCCUGGAUUCAAAUCCCACGCGAAUCCUGUAUUUGGGGAAGGGAAGGGGAAGAGACUGGACGUACCUUUGGGGAUGGAACAUAGCUCAAUGCAGAAGGCCAUAGGUUUGAUCCCCAGCAAAGACCAAGGCCUGAGAUCCUGGAGAGCUGCUGCCUGCCAGGGUAGGCAGUAUUGGGCUAGAUGGAGAAAUGGUCUGAGCCUGACCUGGAUGGUAAGGGAAUCCCACCGAUGUCACCAAUUUAUUUAUUUUUUAAAAAUAAAAUGAUUGGUUUUAAAAAGUUCUCCUUUGUGACUCUUGAGACAGGAGUUCCAAUUCAUUCUAGGUAGAGUGAGGUGGCCUGCCUCAAGUGCACCAUGAAAGGGAAGCAAAUGGUCAAUUAUUUGGUCCAUUAUUAUAUUGUUGCCAUUGCCACGGGGGUUGCCAUUCGGAUUUUGUGCCCCAAAGUCACGGGCCACCUCUGUGCCUGCUUAGCAGCAAAUGCGUUUGGGCAAGCUGCUUGUUUGCAGUCACUUCCCUGUCUGUAAAAUGGGAACAAUAGCAACACAACUUCACAGGCCUGCUUUUUUGCUGAUGUGUAUACCAUACAUACAUCUGCUGUAUCUCCCCUCCCCUCUUCUGCAUCUGCAUCCCAUAAUGCCUUAGCUACAAUUGAUAAUUUGAGGAUCCACACCCUCAAAUAUGAGAAAGAACGGGUCCACAGGCCAUCUGCAUCGGUAGGAUGGGAAGACGGCUGCACAAACUGGGCCAUUUUCAUCACUGCGUCUUGCAAAGAGUUUCCCCUCCAGGUCACAUCCACACCAUACAUUCAAAGCCCUCUCAUGCUACUUCAAUCAGUCCUGGUUUCCCCCAAAGAAUUCUGGGAACUGUAGUUGCUAGGAAUCCCCUCUUGGAACUACAAUUCCCAACACCCUCAAACUACAGUUCCCAGGAUUCUUGGGGGAGGGAGCUAUGGCUGUUAAAGUGGUAUGACAGUGCUUUAAAUGUGUGUUGUGGAUGUCCUAAGUGCUGCCCCUUUGUGGAUAUUAAAGGCUCGAGAGACCAAUAAGGAAGCUUCAUGUGCCCAUAGAAGGCUGAAUUCUGCCUUUGUUUUCAACGUAAUCAAGGUUACCUGGAAAGAGAACAUCCCAGAGUUUAGCUCCAGAGUUGCCUUGGCAUGUGUCCAAUUAAAUGAAAUGCAAGUCCUACCCAGCCUCCAUUUUAUCUGCAGACCGGAUCCUGUUUUUUUCCGAGAUAUCUUUGCCGUACGGAGAAGUAUCCAAGAAGAUAAGUCGCCCCGGCUGUUGAGGCGAUUGCAAAAGGAACUGAUUUCUCUAGAAGACGUUAAGUGUAAGUGUGGGUGCUGAAUUGCCAAGUUAGUUGCAGCUUAUUGAUCUUCUCCGCCAUCCUUGAGAUUGUUCCAAGGGUUGCUGAUUUCAGUGUUAUCCCGAGUCAACAGCACUUGUUUACUUGGCCUAAAUGGCUUGUGUCCAGCAUACCUAAGAAUAAUAAAAAUCAAAGAAAUAGCUUCUUUGUCCCUUCCAGCUGUGGGAGCCAAGAGCAUCGUCCACCUUAACAGUCUUGCACAGAACCAGCAAUGGCAGUCCUAUGUGCUACAGACCAAACAGGGAGUGGGUGUUUUGCAGAAAGGCUCCAGUCAUGGAAAUAACUUGAGUCAUGCAAGAUUUCCAGUCCAUAUGGAGCAGGGGAAGGCAGAAAGGCAACCUCCUUUUCUAUAUCGCAUCAUGGUGCCAGUUUCUUCUUUCAUAAUGCCAUCUUCAUAGCAUUGGUUACAACAUUUUACUAUCUCGGAUUGCACAAAUGGGCUUCAUUAUGGUUUUUGCCCAACACACGUAGGUGUGGCUGAGGGUUUGACAAAUGUUUCUCAAUGGACUGGUGAGUGGCAGUGUUUCACUUGGUCAUCUGGAAAUCUCUCUGUUUCUCUGUUUCUCCUCCCAUUGGGAUGUGAUGUGAAUCGGAGCGUAUGGGAAGAGCAGAAAAAGUGCAGUAAGCCUGAAUCUCAGGAGACUCAGACAAAGAGCACUCAUUUUGCUGGACUGGAAACAAUGGGAGACUGAGCUGGAGGGGACAUUUAUUAACUAGGGUUACCAUACGUCUGGGGUGGAAAUCGCGAAAAUGCCCAGGAAAAUCCGAACGUAUGGCAAUCUAUUUCGGCAGUGUCGUUUUGGGCGAAUAAAGCUCAACACCUCUGCCCAAAAAAUGCUCACCAACUUUUCUGUCCGGAUUUUCACUGUUUGAAACAUGGUGGCAACCCUAAUUAAAACAGGCAUGUCCCACCUUUCUUCCAGAAGCUCAAGGUAGCGUAGCACAACGACAGCCUUGCAGGGUAGGUGAGGCUGAGAGAGAGACUGACUGGUUACCCAGUGUCUUUCAUGGCUGAACAAUUUGGUCCUGGGUCUCUCAGCUUUUACUCUUGACCCUUCAAACACUACAGUACUCUGGCUUCGCCUGAAGGCAUACGUAGCUGCUUUUAUAUAUUUGCAAACAAAGCAGGUAUUACAAAGGCACUAUUUCAGUGCACUUUUGUUUGACUAAAGCUGGUUAAUGCUUGGGAAAGUGCAGAGCAGGUAAGCACAAUGAAUGCAGCAGUGCACCUAAAGUCAUUCUCAUGUGCUGCAGGUAUAGGUCUGACCAGAGCAGACUAUUCAGAAUGCAGGGAGAGGGAGAAGGAAGUGGGCAUGUAUUUUCCCUCGCAUCAGAAACUCCCUACCUAUCUUUCUCUCUGUUUUGUGUGGCCUUUCAGCUUCCUAUGCUUGGCAUGUAAGCCCCCUUACGUUUCUUUGUAAAUAAGGUGUGGUAUAAAUUGCAAAGAUGCUGUCUAGGUUUGUCUAGGCAUCUUAAGCCAGUGUGGUGUAGUGGUUAAGAGCGGUAGACUCCUAAUCUGGGGAACUGGGUUCGCGUCUCCGCUCCUCCACAUGCAGCUGCUGGGUGACCUUGGGCCAGUCACACUUCUCUGAAGUCUCUCAGCCCCACUCCCCUCACAGAGUGUUUGUUGUGGGGGAGGAAGGGAAAGGAGAAUGUUAGCCGCUUUGAGACUCCUUAAAGGGAGUGAAAGGCGGGAUAUCAAAUCCAAACUCUUCCUCUUCUUCUUCUUAAAAAGUAGAGACAUCACCUUGCCAACAAAGGUCCGUAUAGUAAAAGCUAUGGUUUUCCCAGUAGUGAUGUAUGGAAGUGAAAGCUGGACCAUAAAGAAGGCUGAUCGCCGAAGAAUUGAUGCUUUUGAAUUAUGGUGCUGGAGGAGACUCUUGAGAGUCCCAUGGACUGCAAGAAGAUCAAACCUAUCCAUUCUGAAGGAAAUCAGCCCUGAGUGCUCACUGGAAGGACAGAUCCUGAAGCUGAGGCUCCAAUACUUUGGCCACCUCAUGAGAAGAGAAGACUCCCUGGAAAAGACCCUGAUGUUGGGAAAGAUGGAGGGCACAAGGAGAAGGGGACGACAGAGGACGAGAUGGUGGGACAGUGUUCUCGAAGCUACCAGCAUGAGUUUGACCAAACUGCGGGAGGCGGUGGAAGACAGGAGUGCCUGGCGUGCUCUGGUCCAUGGGGUCACGAAGAGUCGGACACAACUAAACGACUAAACAACAACAGCAACAUAAAUUGCUAAAUCAGCUGUAACAUUAAUAAUAAUUUCUAAGUGCAUUGUUUUCCUCUAGCAUUUUAAUGGUAUGGCCCUAGGAGGACUGCCUUGCAUUUUUCCUUUGAAAAGUUGGGUCAGCUUCGAAAAACGUUGCAAGACCUUAAAUUUGGACUGGGAUUCUGGACAGGAAAGACUGUCCACGCAUAGGUCAAUCCACCGUAGAGAAGUUGUCAAAAUGUGCUAGAAGAAGCUGUGUUCUUACGGAGAUGGAAAACCCUGUGUCUGGGUAAUAGCACUUCAGAACAGACUGCAGGUGGGAACAAACAUGAUUUAAUGUUCAUCCAUACAAAAAAGAAGAAGAAAAAACCCUCCACACUCCAUGUAGAAAAAUAGAUGAUGAGGAGAAGCCUAGACUAGUACAGUGGUACCUCGGGUUACAUACGCUUCAGGCUACAGACUCCGCUAACUCAGAAAUAGUGCUUCAGGUUAAGAACUUUGCUUCAGGAUGAGAACAGAAAUCGUGCUCUGGCGGCGUGGCAGCAGCGGGAGGCCCCAUUAGCUAAAGUGGUGCUUCAGGUUAAGAACGGACCUCCAGAACAAAUUAAGUACUUAACCCGAGGUACCACUGUACUCUGUGUGUGUGUGUGUUUUAAGCACAUUUCCCCCUUCAAAGGAUUAUAGGCACUGCCGAUACAUUUCCCAGCAACCCUUAACACACUAUUGUGCCCAGAAUUCUUUGAAGGUUGUGUCUGUGUGCUUUGGAUUUGCUUCAAAGGCAUGAUGUGCCUACAGCCAUUAAGAACCAAAAUAGAUGUAAUUUGUAUUUUUACAAACAUGUGCAUUAAAUGCAAAAAAAAAAGCCCUAAUAUUAAUUUGGCCCCUUUCCCUGACUUGCUAGAUUUCUAUAUGCAGGGACUGCUUUUGUACAGAGGAGCUUUCAGUCAAGUGAGUCUCACCUGCAGUCUAAAGGUGAACCACCCAGAUGCAUUUUUACCGCCUCCAUGAAAACUAGACCUGGGCGACUCGCUUGUUCCUCUUGGGUCACGCCUGAUGCAGCUUUGAUAAACUCCAAGCCUGCCACAAUAGUGACGUGCAUCCAUCACCCCACACAUCUCCUGGUGCAUAGCAGUUUUCCAGGUAGAAUCCCUGGGAUCACUGACGGAGCCCUACACCCAAACCGCACCCACGUCUGUGCUCCCUGGAAGGAGGCAUGCUGUUAUCUUAAGGUGAAACAAAGCAGGGCAAAUAAAACCAACCCAAAUUUAAUGGGCUGUUUUCUUUACUCCCGUCUCAAGUUACACCAAUCCCUUAUAGGGCAGUCCUAAACAUGUCUACUUGGAGAUAAGUGAAUUCCAUGUGAUUUGUUCUUAGUAAGCGUGCUUUAGGAUUCCAUGUGAUUUGUUUAGGGAAGUUUUUAAUAUUUAAUGCUGUACUGUUUUUAACACUUGAUUGGGAGCCGCCCAGAGUGGCUGGGGAAACUCAGCCAGAUGGGCGGGGUAUAAAUAAUAAAUUAUUAUUAUUAUUCCCCGACCCCUUGCAUAGUUCCUUCUUUCUCUGCCCCUUUUCUUAAACUGGUGGUUGUUGGCCUCUGUCUGUCUUGGGAGUCAAAGGAGGAGUGCGCCUUUGAGGGGUGAAGUCAAAAUGUUGGAAAGUUACAGCUCCUGCUUUGUGUGUGGAGACUGAUAUGGGAGAGACAUGUUUUGUUGCAGCUGGGGCAGAGGAAGGCAUCCGGUUGUUUCUUCUCUCGGCGCUUCUCCCAGUGGUCAUUACUCCCCUGGUCGCUGCCAUGAAUGCACAGCCUGUCUGUCUGUCUCCAGGCAUUGCAGUUGUCUGCAAGGGAUUCCCACACAGCAGGGUUGAUCUUGCCAGUCUUAAUGUCACCUUUGCAGACAUUUUUGUAACACAGAGUUGGUCUGCCAACUGGCCUGGUGCCUGUAGCCAGCUCCGCUUAGAGCACAUCCUUGGGGAUCCUCCCAUCUUCCAUUCUGCCGACAUGGCCAAGCCAGAGCCCUAACGGUCAAAACAAAUCAGAACUGGAAGCAAGUUCAGCGAUUGUGAUUUUCCAUAAGUUCGACAAGGACCAGAGAGACUUGGGUUCAAAUCCUCCCUGGCGUAAAGCUCACUGGGUGAUUUGGGGACAGUAAUUAAUUUCUUCACAGCUUAGUUCACAGGGCUAGAGGGGGGAAUAAAAUGUGUGGACCACCCUGAGCUCCGUGAAGGAAGUUUAGUCUACAAAUAUAGGCAAACGAAACUCGAUUUAUGUAAAAAACCUUCUCUGAGAUAGUUUGCAGACACUUUGUAGGGCUGGACGAGAAUGCAAUGCUACAGAUUUUUAAAAUUUUCAUUUUGAAUGUUUUCAGACGCUGCCCUGUUUCUGGCCCAUGAAGACGAUUCCUUUCGCAUCCAUUCUUUCUCUUUAGUUAUGAGGUAUGCCAUUUGGUAUUUGCAUUUCACAGUGGGAUGCUUUCACUUCAUUUUUUUUUUAAAGAAAAAUAUAUUUAACGGCACCUUGUAAAAACCAAGUCAGAUGUUAGCGGAGAGGUUGCCAAAUCCUGUGUCAUCAAGACCUGAAUUCUGAAAGCUAUCUUUGGCAUAUAUACAAUUCUGUGAGAGGGGACAUGUCAGAAAUCACAACCAUCACAUCCUCUGACAAGUACCCUUGCGGCUGCUUCUCGCUACACUUCCAUUUUAAGUAUGAAAUGGGCCGGUUGCAGAAAACUUAGUCAAUCACAUGAGUAGACCUGGGGCAAGGGAUUGCACUUCACCUGCAACAGGAGAUUAAUAAGGGAUCUGGGUUAAUAUAUGUGCUGCUUUUAGCAUUGCAAAGCAGGGCUGGGGAACAUCAGGCCUGGGGGCCAAAUGUGGCCCUCCACGGCUUUCUGUGCGGUCCUUGAAGCACUUGCCAGGCUACUUCUCAGUUGGUUAGAGUGUGGUGCUGAUAAUGUCAAGGUUGCAGGUUCGAUCUCCAUAUGGGGCAGCUUCACAUUCCUGCAUUGCAUGGGGUUGGACUAGAUGACCCUCAGGGUCCCUUCCAGCUCUACAGUUCUAAGGUUUUAUGAUUCUCCUUUCGCCAGACCACACCUUUCACUGGCUCAAUGUUUUUGCCUGCUUGGAAUUGUUUGCAUCCCACUCACCCCCGCCCUGCAGCCUUCCUCCAAGGACCUCAGACCACAUGCAUUAUUCUCACCUCUUAUUAUUUCCACAUCUUCACAAAAACCCUGUAAGAUAGGUUAGGCUAAGAGAGAAUGGCCAUCCCAAGGUUACACAGUAAGCUUUGUGGGUUAAUUGGGAAUGACGAUGAUUGGGAGGGCCAAUUAAUUAUCCCUUAUUCUAAAAUCCCAUUAUGGGAUCCCUUUGGGUCUUCACACAUAAUAGGCUGCUGGGAUAGCUCAGGUGGUAGAGCAGGAGACCUUUAAUCUCAGGGUCAAGGGUUCGAGCCCCACGUUGGGCAUGAACGUUGGGUAUCGUGAAGGGUAAAGGUAAAGGUAAAGGGACCCCUGACCAUUAGGUCCAGUCGUGGCCGACUCUGGGGUUGCGGCGCUCAUCUCACUUUAUUGGCCGAGGGAGCCGGCGUACAGCUUCUGGGUCAUGUGGCCAGCAUGACUAAGCCGCUUCUGGCAAACCAGAGCAGCGCACGGAAACGCCGUUUACCUUCCCUCUGGAGUGGUACCUAUUUAUCUACUUGCACUUGGACGUGCUUUUGAACUGCUAGGUUGGCAGGAGCUGGGACCGAGCAAUGGGAGCUCACUCCGUCACGGGGAUUCGAACUGCCAACUUUCUGAUCAGCAAGUCCUAGGCUCUGUGGUUUAACCCACAGUGCCACCCGUGUCCCUAUCGUGAAGGGUACCCAGGUGCCAUUGUCCAGUGGGCCGCUUUUAGCAAAAGAAAACUGCUCCCUUGUGAAGAAGUUUACAUGGGUGAUGUGGUGUUUUGCUCUGUUUUUAAAAUCUGCUCUAGGUGCCGGCAGCUAGAUGAUUUUCUCAUGGCUCUGCUGUACUAUCUGAAUUUUUAUCUGGAAAAAUUAGCCUUGGAGAUGAAGCCCAAAUCUUUCAUGGGGUCAGUAAAAUCGCUUGGAUGUGUGUCUUAAGCGGAGUCCCGUCUUGUUUAGAAAGGGCUAUUGCUCUAUAUAUUCAGUGUGGGUGUGCUUUGCUUCAAGACCCGAUUUGUGCUGGUUAGAAAGAUCACAAGCCACGGGGCCUCAAGCCCAAGACCUUGGAGAGUUGCCAGUACUCAGGUGACUGAUGGAUGAAUAGUCUGAAGUUGGGAGUCCAAGAUCAUUUCCUGUGAUUCUGCGGGACACUUGUCACGUCCCAGGAGCUAUUUGAGCCCAGUGUUCUUCAGUCUCCUCUGACUGGUUCCAUCCUUCUUUCCUGGGUCAUUUCUGACUUUCUUCCUCCACAAGGAGACUUGAGUCAGUGCAUCUCAGCAUUUUCAGGUCAGCCCCACCUCUCCUGUUCUCCUUCAUGGCUGCGUUUGAGGUCAGUUCUGCAUCGGUGGUUGUGGCCUAAGACCAGCCGAAGCUGAGGUGGUGGGUGUUGCACGAACCAUUGAAAAGUGGACAGAACUGAGAGCCAAUGUGGUGUAGUGGUUAAGCGUGGUAGACUCGUUAUCUGGUGAACUGGGUUCGCUUCCCCGCUCCUCCACAUGCAGCUGCUGGGUGACCUUGGGCCAGUCACACUUCUUUGAAGUCUCACUCACCUCACAGAGUGUUUGUUGUGGAGGAGGAAGGGAAAGGAGAAUGUUAGCCGCUUUGAGACUCCUUCGGGUAGUGAUAAAGCAAAAUAUCAAAUGCAAACUCUUCUUCUUAAAGAAAAAAAGAGGAAAAAAAGUGGACAGAACUCUCCCUUCUUUCUCCACAAAUGCACCCAAACCUACUUUCACUAGUGCCUUGGCCUGGGUAUCUCUGCUCUGUUGCCCCUUGCAUGUUGGCAAGGAGCACCAACCCUCUUGCUUACCUGGGGGUUUCAGGUGAGUCCACAUCAGCCGAAAGCUAUUUCCUGCAUUGAACUCAGCCAUAAUGCUGUCGUCCCCACUGUCCCCCCCUUGUAACAGACUUUUAGGUUGCCUUUCAAAAUUUAAUACCUUGCAAAGACAGCUUACAGCGUACAGGUCAUACAAAUGAGUCAAACCAACUUUUGUUUGAAUUGGCAGCUGCCUUAUGCCCCAACACCUACCUGUUUUGUUUUGUGUUGACCCAGGUAAGAUCUUAAACUAGAUCAAUUAGAUUAGAUCACCACCAACGCUUCCUUAGGUGUUGGGACAUGAUUCUAUGAAUGUGGUUCAACAACAUCUGGAUGGCCACAGAGGAUCCCCAGCCUUGAGGGAGGCCAAUAAGGUGUGGCCAUCCAAGAUGUUGUUGGAUCACAUUCAUAGAAUCAUAGAGUUGUAAGGGACCUCAAGGGUCAUCUAGCCCAGCCCCCUGCCAUGCAGGAAUCUCAGCUCAAGCAUCCAUGACAGGUGGCCAUCCAACCUCUGGUUUAAAACCUCAAAUGAAGAAGAGCCCACAACCUCCUGAGAUAGACCGUCCCACUGGCAUCAGAAAGUUCUUCCUGAUGUUUAGUCGGAAUCUCCUUCCUUGUAACUUGAAGCCACUGAUUCGAGUCCUACCACCAGAGCAGGAGAAAACAAGCUUGCUCCUUGAUUCCCAUCAUCCCUGGCUAUUGGCUCUGCUGGCUGAGUCUGAUGGGUACUGGAGGCCAACAACCUCUGGAGGACCACAGGUUAGCCACACCUGACCUACCUGGAGACAUUCUAGCACACAACACCUUGGUCCUUCCUGCUCCUUAUUUGCAAUUACCCUACUGUUCUUUUGUAUCACCUAAUCUACUAAUGAUAGUCCAGGCAUAGUGGAUCUUGCUUGCCUGACCAGAGUCUUGCUAGGCAAUCCCAGGGCGUGCCACUCCAGCCCUAUGAUUUACCGGUAAUCUUUCUGUUGCUUUCUUUUAUUUGGGUCAGAAUUCUCCAGUGCAGACGUAGUGUUCUUGAUUGUCUAACCAUGAGUGGGAGAGUGCUCUGUGCAAUGCUUUUUUUAAUGACUUGCUUCUUUGUUAAACAGGAAGCCCAGUGCCCUGGAAAGGAAAGAGAUGCGGGAGAACCAAAUCAAGCUAGCAGUGACCAAAAAGCACCUGGCCGAGCUGUACUGCAUCCUCAUCCUCGGCCUGGGAAUGUCCGAUCAGCAUCACAUGGCUUGUGGGAAGUAAGGAAACGGCUGCGCCCAGGAAACGCUUUUCUGUAAUGCCAUCUGCUCUUUGCAGCAGAUGUCUAGGGAAUAAAACAGAAGAAGUGGGAACUUGGGUUUCUGAGUGGGUUGUCAGAACCCAAUGCCCUUUGAGAGUCCUUUAUGGAAACCGAAGGGGGACGUGCCGCCUGAUUCUUAGCGUUUUCACCAGGAAGCAAAUCCCAGAGAGUUCAGUGGGAAAGGGUUGUAGCUCUGGAGAGCACCUGCUUUGCAUGCAAAAUGUCACCGAUUCAAUUCCUGGCAUGGGAAAGGCUCUUGUGAAAUCCUGGAGAAUAGCUGCCAAGUAAAGUAGGACAGCUCCUGCCAACCUAGCAGUUCGAAAGCACAUCAAAGUGCAAGUAGAUAAAUAGGUACCUCUCCAGCGGGAAGGUAAACGGCGUUUCCGUGUGCUGCUCUGGUUCUCCAGAAGCGGCUUAGUCAUGCUGACCACAUGACCCGGAAGCUGUCUGUGGACAAACGCUGGCUCCUUUGGCCUAUAGAGAGAGAUGAGCACCACAACCCCAGAGUCGUCCGCGACUGGACCUAAUGGUCAGGAGUACCUUUACCUUUACCUUAAAGUAGGACAUGCUGAUAGCUUAGUUGUGGGUAGAGUUGUGGGUUCAAGUUGGGCGAAAGUUUUCUGCAUUGCAGGGGAUUGGACAAGAUCAUCCUCAUGGUCCCUUCCUAUAAUUCUAUUAUUCUGUAGUCCAGAUGAGCCAAUGGUCUAACUCAGUAGAAGGCUCGGCUUGCUUUCAAGUAAGGAUGCAUAACUUCCAGGUAAAUCUGCACUUGGGGAAUCUUUGCAAGGGUACAGUCUUACGCAAAAAAAUAUUGGUGCUGUAAGGUCCCAAUGAACUCAGUGGGAUACAUUCCAAAAUAACAUCAGUUAGGAUCACAGGCUAAAAUUCUCAUCAUUUUUCCUUAGAAGUCCCUAAAAUCAGCAGUCAUAGCCUCUGGGUGAAUGUGUUUAGGAUCUGGUGGCAUGCAAAUAGCUGUUGCAACUUAACAAAACUCAUUACACUAUUUGCUAUCAGAUUUCUGUGAUUAGGGCUACCACUGUCGGCUGCCUUAUCGCAAUGCCUUGCCAGAGUGUUUUGGGCUUGGCAGUGGUGUGUUGGUAGACUGCACAAAUCUGGCAAUGUGCUUCCGUGGUAACUAAUUUUUAGGCACUCUUACUCUUCUGAAUAGCUAGGAAAUACUUGGAAGGGGCCAUGCCUUUAUUCCCACGCUCCUAGCAAAGGAUGAUCCCUAGCUGCCGCUGGCAGUUUGAGUCAUUUUGGAGAGAGAUACAUGUGUCUUAGCAUUUACCUUAUUUUUCACUCUAUAGGACACACUUUUUCCCCUCCAAAAAUUAAGGGGAAAUGUGUGUGCGUCCUAUGGAGCGAAUGCAGGCUCCUUGGCUUCAGGGUAAGCUCGGGGGGCAGUGGGAAGGCGGUGUGCCGCCUUUGCGCUGCUCCCCGACCUGGUCUUUGAGGCUUUUCCCCGAGGAGGGAGAAGGGACUGACUGGCCGUGUCAGUCCCUUCUCCCACCUCGUAGAAAAGCCAGCAGAAGCCGUGCGCUCCUUAAAGGGUGCGUGGCUCCUGUGGGCUUUUGCAGGAGGUGGGGGAAUUCCCCCACCUCCCGCAAAAGCACGCAAAAGCCACAUGCUCUAUAAAGGGUGUGCGGCUUCUGCUGGCUUUUCUACGAGGUGGGGGAAUUCCCUCACCUCGUAGAAAAGCCUGCAGGAGCUGCACACCCUUUAAAGAGUGCUCCGCUCUUGGGGGCUUUUCCCCGAGGAGGGAGAAGGGACUGACCGCGUGCGGCUCCUGAGGGCUUUUGCAGGAGAUGGGGGAAUUCCCCCACCUCCCGCAAAAGCAGGGAGAAGGUCUGGGAGAAGUGCACAGGCUGCGCACAGCCUGUCUGCUGCUCCUAGAGCUGUGUGUGUGGGGGGGGAAUCAUAUUUUUUCCCUUGAUUUCCCCCUCUGAAAACUAGGUGCGCCCUAUGGUCAAGUGCGCCCUAUGGAGCGAAAAAUACGGUAGGUUGCUGGCUAUUUCACCUGGAGAUCUGAUGUGCGAGCAGCGGACUUUCCUCCAUCUCUGCUCAAUGAGUACGUUUGUAAAGAAGGGCAAAUAUUACAUGACAGAAGUUCUGGCAACUGCUUCCAAAGGAAAUGAAACUUGAGCAAGCCCUGUGCCUCAGGAACGUCUCAACACGCAAAGAAGUGGGACGAAUGUCACAGUAUGAAGAAGGUCACCAUGGGGAGGGGCAAGUACUUUUUAAAAAAUUAUUUUAAAUCCUUGGGCCAAAUCCCUUGCGGUGACUGCCACCUUACAAAGCCCAUGAAAACACAGCAGCCCCUAUUUCCCAGCACUGCUUCCACUCCCAUUGAGGUUGCCAUCUCUGGGAAGAAAAACCAGUGUGGCCUGCUCUUGCGAGUUUAGCAGAUAUUUUCUAUGCAGAACUCAGCAAACAAGGCUUUUCAUGCUAUGGAGACACAAAGACAAUCCCCUUCUGCUUGCUGCAGAUUCAGCGUCUGUUAAAAGCACCGCAACAGAAUUUUGUUCAGAAGGCAAUAAGACAGCUCCCGAACCAAAGCCUGCCAGUCUUACCAGUUGCUCUAGAGCAGGGGCAUUCAGGCUUCAGGCUUGCUGGAUCCAUUUUGUAGGUUUUGUUUGCAAGAACCUGAAGUUAUACCAACAAGGACCAGGUACAAAGGGCAUGUGUUGACAUCUGUCUUUCUCAAGAGACAAUGGAGUGUCGGGAGGUGGAGUCAAACCACUUUGUUAGCAGCACCAAGUGACCUCCCCAGGGCACAAGCCUGGGCAGUGUGUCUGGAGAUCCUGGGCUGCCCAGAUGACAAGACACCACCCCCUCUCAGACUCGUUGAUGUGGUCCAAAGGAAAGCAGAGCAAGACGUUUGGCACCAGCUUGGCUGCAGGAGUCGCUGGAAGGCGCCAUCCAAUCGCCUUAGGCACUUCACUCUGGAUUUGUGUAGGGUUUACUCCUGAAGACAUCCCACAAGGCAGCGGAGGUUCAGGACCAGAGUUUUCCUUCUCAUAGAUGGCUUACAGUUAAAAUUAAGGAACGGGGUUCCUCUGAGCUGAGGGAUUUGACCUGAGGUCAUAGUUCUUUCCCCCCAAACCUGUUCCUGCUUAGCUUUGUUAAUUUCUGCAGCCUGAUUUAGGGUUUUAAGAGUUUUAAACAAUUGGGAGUCUUGCAGCAAGCUACCCACCUAUUUGCCUUCUGCUCAGGCCUGCUCUAGUGAGUUCCCCUUCUUAUGUCCUUUAGCCAAUCUCUUCAGGUGGCCUCUGUUGCAGCUUGAUCAGUAGGCAUUACCAGGUGGUCCUCUUGUGUUGUGAGAAGCUUAAUCUGCUGGUUUCUGCUGCUAAAGGCGCAGGUGCAAGUCAGGCUGAUCCCUCACUGCCCCCAGGCAGCUAAUAACACUAAUGGCGGUGGAAAGAGGACUGGAGAGAAGGGUUGGUACUGGGGAGAAGAGAUGGCAUGCUUGAGCCUUGCCCGCUUUGAAUCACUCACUCUCACUAGCUUUCUUCCAGUAUGUGGCUUCGAAGGGUAGGAAAAAGCCCCAAACUCUUAUACAGUGGUAUUUCGGGUUAAGAACUUAAUUCGUUCCAGAGGUCCGUUCUUAACCUGAAACGGUUCUUAACCUGAAGCGUGCUUUUGCUAAUGGGGCCUCCUGCUGCACGAUUUCUGUUCUUAUCCUGGGGCAAAGUUCUUAACCUGGAGCAACCACUUCCUGGUUAGCAGAGUUUGUAACCCGAAGCGUCUGUAACCCGAGGUACCACUGUUGUUGCUGUUGUUUAGUUGUGUCUGACUCUUCGUGACCCCAUGGACCAGAGCACGCCAGGCACUCCUGUCUUCCACUGUCUCCCGCAGUUUGGUCAAACUCAUGCUGGUAGCUUUGAGAACACUGUCCAACCAUCUCGUUCUCUGUCGUCCCCUUCUCCUUGUGCCCUCCAUCUUUCCCAACAUCAGGGUCUUAUCCAGGGAGUCUUCUCUUCUCAUGAGGUGGCCAAAGUAUUGGAGCCUCAGCUUCAGGAUCUGUCCUUCCAGUGAGCACUCAGGGCUGAUUUCCUUAAGAAUGGAUGCGUUUGAUCUUCUUGCAGUCCAUGGGACUCUCAAGAGUCUCCUCCAGCACCAUAAUUCAAAAGCAUCCAUUCUUUGGCGAUCAGCCUUCCUUAUGGUCCAGCUCUCACUUCCAUACAUCACUACUGGGAAAACCAUAGCUUUAACUAUAUGCAAAGCACAGGUCAACCAUGGCAGGUCAUUUCUUUGACUCACGUUUUUUGAGUCGAGUUUAUUUCUCCUGCACCAGCUCGGGCAUCCUUUCUUUGAGCUUUGUGAUGGUGCAGAGCAAAAGAAACAAACAGCGGCAGCUUUAUUUCAGAUUGGUUACACUCCCCAAAGCUUGCAUGGCUGUUUUGUUGUUGGCAGGAAGCUCUUGCUCGGCGUUCAGAAGCAAAGCCGCGUUUAUUCAGCGCGGAAGUCCCCGUGGGGAUUUGCCUUCCUGUUUAGCUGGACAUGACCUGCUGCAAGGACCUGCCGGCCUGUGCUUUUUCAGAAAGCCCAUGAGACUGCCGGAACGGAGAGAGGAGAGUUGUCUCGGCAGCUUUAGGAGAGCACCCUUAAAGACGCGCAGACUCCCAGCUGGAAAGCGAAGGCUGCUGGGGAGCACAUUGCCAAGGAAUGAGCUUUUACUGAUAUGAUUCCAGGGUGAAGCAACAGGACUCAGCCAAAUUAACUUGCAGGAAGAAUUCCAGCGAGGCCUUAGCUGGGGUUAGCAGACUUGGCAGGAACACAGAGUCCCCGAGCACCAUGUUUUACAAUCUCUUCUGAAUCAGUGUGUUCCUGUGGAAUCAAGAGUUUUGCUCCCACCCCCGUCCCUGUCCUAGGGUUAGGAUUUGAGUGAGGCUUGGGCACUUGAACCUUGGAGGGCCUCAUAGGGUAGAGCAGGCAGAGGCACAUCUGCUGAGGUGCGUGGAGCAAGAAAAUGCCCCAGAGCUCACUGAGGCGUCUGGCUUGCAGCUGCUUUGGUCCAUGAAAGGUUUGGGAAGGUUACAGACAACCUGGGCUGCCUCAGAGCCAGCUGUGCACAGAGUGAAAACCAAGCAGACAGCGCUGGCUUCCGGGUCGUAGGAAGCUGCCUCAAAGGAGAUCCAUUUGACCAUCCUGCCCACCUGUUAUCUACUCUGACUGGCAGUGGCUCUCUGAGAUCUCAAGCCUUUCCACCUCACCUGCUACGAUUAGACCCCUUUCAACUUGAUAUACCUGGCACUGAACCUGGGACCUUCUUCAUUCAGAACAUCUGCUGCACCCUUGUGCUACGAUCCCAGCAGCUGCUCAACCCUGCCAACCUCAGGCACCCCCCAUGAUUUUUAAGGGUGCCUGCAAUCCCUAAAAGCAGCUUGGCACCUUGGUAUUAUUUGUGUUCCUUCUCCCUGGGCCGCCUAGCCUGCCAAAGGACUCCCCUUGUGUGGGGAACAGGAUACUCAACACCUCCACAUUUCUUUCUUUCUUUCUUUCUUUCUUUCUUUCUUUCUUUCUUUCUUUCUUUCUUUCCUUGUGUUGAAGUGCCAAACCCGAAACAAGGGACACGCCCUGACUUUGAGCUUUGUUCUCCUGCAUGUGCAUGCACUUUGCAUCUUCAGGAAACUGUGUAAAAAAGAAUUUAUUUCAAAAUAGUACAACGGGUAUAGCCGGAAGGUUCUUUUUUAUUGUAAAUAAAAUCAUCUUCUAUCUCUUUUUCUAUUUCUUUUCUUUCUUCUUCUAUUUUCUUUUGUACAUUUAUAAUUUGUAAUGUCUGAAAUGUAAUGUUUUAUACUGUAUGUAUUUUAAGUUCUUUGUAGAAUAAAGGUUGAAAUCAAAACAACAAACAAACAAACACAGACGGCGUCAUGUCCCGGGUUCAGUUCGUUGCAUCUGCAGCCAAUUGAUACGAGGCAGCUGGGCUGCCAACACACCUGAGACACAGGAGAGCAGCAAAAUCUGUCUGAUCUUGGGCGGUGCCUUGCCACCCGCAGGUGCUGCACAGCUGCAGGUUCAGCAGCGUCCUGUCAGCCAUCCUCGUCGCUUGCGGCACAGGGAGUUAUUUUCCCUCUUCUUGUCGAUUCGGCAGGGUGAGCCGCACCAACUCCGUGGUUAAUUGUAGGCUGAGUACAGUCGGUGGCCCAGCCCAAAAAUGCUGUGCAUGCAAGAGUCAGCAUGACAAAAUUGUUCAGUGACCCAACCAGAAAUCCUGGCUCUGAAUUCCAAGUAUUGCAAACAGACACACACACACACACACACACACACACACACACACCACCCCUCCCGAUUCAGCUGCAGGGAUAGAGUGAAAAUAAAUACAGGGUGCCACCUUUGCAUUCUGUACCUUAGAUACUUGCAUGUUGGGCAGAAAUUCAGAGCUGGAGCCUUCCCCCAUUGCUGCAUUUUUUCAUGAAAAGCCAAAUGACUUGGGAUUUUUCAGCAUCUUGAACAGGGCCCAGAAAACAACUGGCAGCCAGGAGGCUGAGAAAGGCUGCUUACCUGGUGGUUAAUUUUUAAGGAAUAUUAGUAGACAGCACCAGGACCAUAUUAUGAAGAUCCUUAUCUGCCCCUGGUCAAAAGAGCCUUGAAUUCCACUGACAAGAAAAGAAAGAAAGAAAGAAAGAAAGAAAGAAAGAAAGAGUGAGCAGGGCUGAGCAUAGAGAUGCCCAACUGUUUCACAAACCUUUUACAGGCAACCUGAAGGGAGCUUUGGAAACUCUGGCGUAGAGAACUUUAGCACACGUCUGAAAAUGUGAAAUAUCAGGAACCGUAUUCCUGGGGAAGGUCCGUAGCUGCUGACUGCUAGAGCCAGUCCUGAGGGCGGCAACAUGAGAAAGGGGCCUUUUCUGCCUUGGCUCCCCAUUUGGGGACUGCUCCACCCAGGAAAGCUCGCUUGGCACCUUCGUUACAUAACUUUAGGCACCAGGCAAAACCUUUCCUCUAUAACCAGGCCUUUGGCUAAUUAAACAAUCUGUGGUCUUCUAAAGGGGGGGGGGUAUUGUUUUGUUUUGUUAAUAUGUUACAUAUUUUUGUGUUUUUAUAUUGUGAACCACCUUGUGAUCAUACGAUGAAGGGCAGUAUAUAAAAUUUAACAAAAUAAAUAAAUUUAGAGCGGCCUAUCCUGGCUGGGGCUGAUGGGAGUUUUAGUCCAGAGUUGAGGGCCCCCAGGUUAGGAAGGUUAAGCCUAAAGCAGGGGUGCCCAAACAUUUUUCAAAGAGGGCCAGAUUUGAUGAAGUGAACAUGUGUGAGGACCAAUGUUGUUGAGCUUUUUUAAAGGAUUUUACCCCAGGAGAUAAACUGCCACAAGAGCUGGAUUAAACCCCGAAACGAACCCUGAAGAGCUCCUUAGUCAAACUGAAGUGGGCUCACCAGCCCUUUGGGGCCUAAGAGCGAUAUAUGUAAUCUUCAGAGACAUCUCUUGUCAUAAAAUGGCAACACCGUCCCCCAAAACAACAUUUCACAGAAGCCCAACUUUCUCUCUGAGGCUAAAAGGGCCCAGAGAGAGAAAUUCAGCUUCAGCCCUAGAGGGGAAAAUGCACACAAAGAAACCCUACUCUUUUCUGGAGGGUCUCAUUCUGCCCCCCACCCACUUGUGUGAUUCCCAAUCUUUGUGUGUGCAGAGCCAAAGCGUGGUGAAAAUCUUGGAACAAGGCAGAGGUGAAGUUGCAGAGGGGCCCUUAGAUGGUAUUUGCAGAGGACCUUGCCAUUUUUUAAACGGGUUUUGUAGAUUUCCUUCCCCUUUUACUUCGUUAGUGCCUCAUACAGUGAGGAAGGAACCAGGCAUAUCGGGCUCAGGGACACGGUUAGGUAAUAUUUAUUGCUGCCAGUUUCCUCUGGGGCAAAUUUACAUAAGGGGAGGGGAAGGAUCUGCAUUUUGUUCUCGCAGCUGCGUAUAUUAAAUACACAUGUUUAGUCAAAUUUAGAGAUCUUCCAUAAGCUAGGAGGACGCUCUUGGUUUGAGACUGGGAGAGGGGCUAAAAUAGGCAAAUGAUUUGGGAAUGCCAACUUGACGGAGCUAAAAAAAACCCCAAACCUGGCCAGCUUCACUGCCAUUAACACCAGUUUGAUUUAUAGCUGAAGCUUUCCGUGGAAUGGGACUAAAGCACACUUGCCUCCUAGUGCAAUGUGUUCUAUAUGGGGCUUUCCUGGAGCUCUGACUGGUGCAAAAUGCUACAACUAGACUUGAUGGAAUUGGAUGACCACAGCCAUGUAACAUCAUUGCUUAAAAGCUUGCACAUAUGAUACCAUGCCUGGUUCAAGGUUCAUGCAUUAAUUUAAAGGUAAAGGGACCCUGACCAUUAGGUCCAGUCGUGACCGACUGGGGUUGUGGCCCUCAUCUCGCUUUAUUGGCCGAGGGAACCGGUGUACAGCUUCCGGGUCAUGUGGCCAGCAUGACUAAGCUGCUUCUGGCAAACCAGAGCAGCGCACGGAAACGCGGUUUACCUUCCAGCCAGAGUGGUACCUAUUGAUCUACUUGCACUUUGACGUGCUUUCGAACUGCUAGGUUGGCAGGAGCAGGGACCGAGCAACGGGAGCUCACUCCGUCGUGGGGAUUCGAACCGCCAACCUUCUGAUCAGCAAGUCCUAGGCUCUGUGGUUUAACCCACAGCGCCACCCGCAUCCCUGCAUUAAUUUACAAAGCCUUUAAAAAAUUGGAUCCAGAAUAUCAUAAGGAUUGGUGAAUCCCUUACAUCCCAGCCUGAUCACUGAGAUCUUAAUGGAGUCUCUGUUGGUGGUGGCCCAUGGCUCAGCUUGCAUGGCUUGUAACUGCUAGAAACCAUGUCGCCUGGGUUGGGGGCUGAAGCCUGAAAUUCCCUCCCAACUGAGAUUAGACAAGGACCCUCCAUGUUGAAUAAUUCCUGGAUGUCAAGAUCCAGGUUUGGGGCAAAUACUUAGUAUGCCUUCUGCGUUGCUUCCAAAUUUCCUCACUACCCCCCAGCAUAGGAAAAGACCACAUGUUCAGCAAAGUAAAAACUGGUUUACUUACAAACUCUCUAAAGGUUGGAUUCAUGUGCUUCAGACCGUGAAACAAAGACAGUAACAAAGUGGUAAGAGUUCCCAGAUUAUCGAUAUAGGAACUCAAUAAUGGCUGGUGAGAGCCAUGCGGCUGAGCUGGAGCAACAAGCUCAAACUUCUUCAAAUGCUGAGCAUCUCAGGUAGAGUGGGGAGGGAUGGGGACAAUAGGCUUGAUUACCUAUUUCCUCCCAAGGUAAAGGAAAUAAGCCUGCAGGACAGCUUACUCUAUUGUAUUAACCCCUUCAUGCAUUAAUUAGAGUUAAGCAUGUCAGUUAUAUGAGAAUAGUUGUCCCACAACUUUCUUAUUUCAACCAGCAUUUUAAGGUAGUGUUCUGAUUUUAUGUUGAUUUUUAAUUGUUCUUAUUCUCUGUAUGGUUAGAUUUUUUUUCUUUUCUCCAAACCAUUUUAUUUACCCUACUUAGAAAUUCUGACUAUUAAGUAUUAUUUAAAUAUCUGAAAUAAAGCAAACAAACCCACUUCCCCAAAAGAUUGUAUUGUUUUUUUGUUUUUGUUUUUUUGCAAAAGAGAAGUGGGGGAAAAUGCACUGGGAAUCAUAAGAUAACACUUGCUUUGAUGCAACAUUGUCUAACCUCCCUGCAAACAAAUCAGGAUGAAUGCGUUCAACAGGUGGUCUGAAACUGCAUUUGUGGGGCCCCUGUCAUUUUGGCAAGAGGAAACUGCAGACUGGGAGCCCCCACUUGGUAGUUUCAUUGGGGCAUGGGAAUGAAUUUUACCUGCCAGCGUUUGGUCUUGAUUCUGUUUCUUGGUCAUGCUAGACUGUGACAGAAUGUCUAGGAAACUCCCUUUCAUUUAGGAAGAUGUUUAUGGAGUACUUUCUCUGUUGCUGUCUGUGGAUUUAUUCUUCUCUUCCACAUUUUAGGAGGAAAAUAUCAACAACACAGAAAGACAGGGAUUUCUUUGAGGUAAGAGCGGUUGCCUGGAGGAACAGAGCAGCUAAGGGUUGUCUCAUCUUUCAGAUAAGCUGCAACAAUAGAGUAGAUCACCUCCAUUUUUAUUUUUAUUUUUGCAUUUAGUGCUUGUACAACUUCUCCUCCUACGUGGCUUUUGUGACGUUCAGACAGAAGAACCUCAAGGAAAUCCAGCAGGAAGUUGGCCGGCUGCUCCGCUCAAACAUAUUCAAUCCUGCUCUGAGAGAGACAGCUAAACCCAAGGAGUUGAAAACAGAUGUGACCAAGGAGGUGAAGAAGGUCACUUUCCGCUAUCGCAAGUAUGGCCUCAUUUUCUCUCUUCUCCCCUCCCCUCCGUUAUUGGAUGCAUUGCAGAUAUUUAUAUCGGGGGUGGGGAACAUUCUUUUUAGCCCAAAGUCCUGCCAAAGCCAUAUGCCAGAAGUGGCUGGAGCCUGCAGUAGGUUACAUUCCAACCAUACAAAAGUCAGAAUUUUCUGCACUUAUCGUCUCCACCCAGGUGAACAAGAGGCAUUAUUGUAGUUGUAGGGCACAGUCCAGCCUGAGGAUCAUAGAAUCAUAGAAUUGUAGAGUUGGAAAGGACCGAAAGGGUCCUCUAGUCCAACCCUCUGCAAUGCAGGAAUCUCAGCCAAAGCAUCCAUGGCAGAUGACUGUCCAACUUCUGCUUAUACACCUCCAAGCAAGGAGGGUCCACAACCUCCUGAAAGAGACUGUUCCACUGUCGCACAGUGGGAGCCAGUGUGGUGUAGCGGUUAAGAGUGGUGGACUCAUAAUCUGGGGAACUGGGUUUGCGUCUCCGCUCCUCCACAUGCAGCUGCUGGGUGACUUUGGGCUAGUCACACUUCUCUGAAGUCUCUCAGCCUCACUCACCUCACAGAGUGUUUGUUGUGGGGGAGGAAGGGAAAGGAGAAUGUUAGCCGCUUUGAGACUCCUUCAGGUAGUGAUAAAGCAAAAUAUCAAAUCCAAACUCUUCUUCUUCCCAUCGGAAAGUUCUUCCUGGUGUUUAGUCGGAAUCUCCUUUCUUGUAACUUGAAUCCAUUGGGUCAAGUCCUACACUUCAGAGCAGGUGAAAACAAGCUUGCUCCAUCUUCUAUGACAGCCUUUGAGAUAUUUGAAGAUGGCUAUUGUAUCUCAUGUAUUCACAUACCGUAUUUUUUGCUCUAUAAGACUCACGUUUUCCCUCCUAAAAAGUAAGGGGAAAUGUGUGUGCGUCUUAUGGAGUGAAUGCAGGCUGCACAGCUAUCACAGAAGUCAGAACAGCAAGAGGGAUUGCUGCUUUCACUGCGCAGCGAUCCCUCUUGCUGUUCUGGCUUCUGAGAUUCAGAAUAUUUCUUUUCUUGUUUUCCUCCUCCAAAAACUAGGUGUGUCUUGUGGUCUGGUGCGUCCUAUAGAGCGAAAAAUACAUACUUUCCCGUUGGUCAUUCAUUCAUCCCAUGUUUUUCCAUGCAUUUCCUUGUCACUUUCCUAAUUACAAAAAAAUAUAUCCAUAUUUUUUAGUAUAUUUGUUUCCCUGAGGCAAUAGAGCACUUUAAUCCCUUUUACCGUAAUUCUGCAAAUCUAAAUUUACAGCAUGUGAUUGAAUUCUGCACCCCCAAAGCCUGCAAAAUGCUGUCAGUCGGGAGGUACCUUACUUCACCCUUACUUGAACACCUUUCCCUUAUUCAUUAUUAUUAUAAUUUUUUAAAAAACUAUUUCUUAAAGGAGCACCGAUGUAAGGCAGCCAGCCAUCCGAAGCGUCAUGGACCAGCGAUCGCCGGUGCUGAGCACCUUGCUGCCGAUGCCUAAAGACAGCGCUCAGUACCUUUUCCAGGACCAUUACCUCCAUGCUGGCAGAAGUCAGCCAGCCUACAUUCCUGAAGAGCUGCCACCCUUUUCCUCUGUCGUGCCAGAACCCAAGUAAGGAAUGCAGGGCUUUUCUACGCAAUACGUGACCACAAAAUCUAACAGGGAGCAGUGGCCUCUCUCACAAGUAUAUCUGAGUUACUCAUAGUUUCAAGCCUAUUUGAAUGUGCUCUAAAUGUAUUGGGUGCAUCUGCCUUGUUUGUUCAUGUGAUGGCCAUGGGGAAAGCAAAAGGACAUUGAAGACCCUGCUAGAGCAAAAGAGAGGAAAGCUAGCAGAAUAGAAUCCAAUGAAUGCUUAACCAUUGAGUUUUGAUGAGAACAGCUUGACCUCACCCCAAAAGGCACACUCCUCCAUUGUCUCCCGAGACAGACGGAUGCCAACAAAUUCAGGCCAAUGGACUACGUUGGUUUUGGUGACUUGCAUCCUGUCUGUCUGUUUGUUCCACCUGGCAACAAUUCCGUCUGCUUUCCCCCAAAAGCAGAAAACCAGGAGAAGGGGACUCCAGCUACAAGACUCUCCCACCUUUAUCUCUUUGUUUCUUAUCCUGCCCGUUCUCCAAGGAGCACAGGGCAGCCUACCUGGUUCUCCAGACACCCAUUUUAUUCUCAGAAAUCGUAUCGUAUCGUAAAACCUUUAUUGGCAUCACAUACAACAUCCAAAACAAAUCAAUACAGAAUUACCACUUCCCCAGCGGCACAAAACAUUUGCUAAAAGAAAGGAGGCAGAGCAGUCUAUCGUCACAUCUCUUGGUCUCCAGGGAGAUCAGACGUCUGCAGUGUAUUUCGACGACAAAAAACCAAAUAGAGAUAUUUAGCCACUAACUUGGUGAGCUCCUGAUCAUUCCCCAGUAAUAGAAAAUGUAUGACCUCUGACUCUGGUUUCCAUUUGGGGAUACAGAGUUGAUAUAAAAAUUGCUGGCAGAGAUCAGCAUAUAGUUUACAAUUGAAAACAAUUUGUGUAAGGAUUUCCACCAGGUGGUCUUCACAUGGGCAAGUUCUUUCUCCUUCCACCCUGCCUGAGAACCUUCCCCAAAGGAGGUCUGAUGGAUUUGAAUUAACCCUGGCCAGCGAAAAUGCCCUUCUUUCUUGAGGGUUAAGCAGAAAUUCAAGGUAAUUAUGGUUAGAAACUUCUCAGAAAUCACCUGCAAGGGAGAUCCGAGGGCCAAACUAGACAUUAGCUGUAUCCUUAAGUGCAGUGUUUUAAUUAUUAUUUUAAAUGCAGACUGUUUUAACAAACAAACUUGCAUUUCAGGGCACAGAUACGGAGCUCAGGUAUUGCCUAGUUUGGCCUUGUGAGGUGAUGAUUGCUACAAGGUCACACGGUGAGCUUCAUAGCCAAGAUGGGCAUUUGGACCUUGGUCUCUCCAGUCCCGAUAUAGCACCCCAACCACUUUGCCAUCGUGUUAAGUGGUGGAGUAUAACCCCUACGCUGUAGCUCAGCCAGUGCAGUUCCCUUAGCCCAGGUGUAACAGGUGGGCAUCCACUCAACAACCUGGCUGCACUCUUCUUCUCCGGCAGGAUCGGCAUCAUUGGAUGCCCACGCCACAGAUUUAUCCCUCAUACGCUUCAGCCUAUCGGGACGCAGGAUGCUGAGAACGAGGAUGACGAAAGCAUAAGAUCGGAGACAAGCAUCUCUCCAGCUGUUUCCCAGGAGCUGAAUGUCUCACCGAAGGUCCCUCAAGGCAGUGCUAGCCUCCAGUCCGUGGCGGGUUCAAGGGCUACCACCGAAGCAGAUUACGUUGAGAAUCACUAGCAGCAUACGCUAGUCAUUAGGGAUAAUUUUUGUUCGUUUAAUUAAACUCUUUUGAAACGUUUGCCAUUUGAAUUGUAUCCCUUGUGUACUCCAGCCUGCAGGGAGAGUAUAGCAAAGCACUUUCCACUUUGCCAAGCUUCCAGGACAAUACAGUAUUCGGUGCAUUAAAAAAAACAAAAACAAGACCAUUGAAGCAAGUUAAAACUGUCUGCGUGAAAACCAGAAUAAAGAGGUUUUUUU